GCGACGCGGGCCACGCCCGCGUGUCGCUGGUGAGUGCCGAGCCCCUGAUCCUGGUCGUCGACGGGCUGUGCAGCCCUCGGCUUGUGGCGGAGCUGAGGGGCGAGCUCGGCCGCGGCGGGGGCGGGGGGCUGGAGCAGACCGGUGCUUACGUGGACGACAUGUUCGAGGAGGAGCGCGAGUUGCGGGAGGACGCCCUCUUCCGCUCCUGCGUGUCGCUCAGUGGGGCCGCCGUCCCGGGCCAGUACGCCCAGGACCCGCUCCGGUCCGUCCUCUGGGUGGCGCGCACGCAGCGCGAGAGGCUGCCGCCCGGCUCCGUGAGGCAGAUCCAGCAGGCCGUCGCACGGCGCGCCUGGACGACGCAGUGGAACCCAGAGGACGUCGCCAGGAGCGGCUUCAGGAAGGCCGCCUCGCGCUGGAGGGUCCCCAGCGGGGUCCUCAGGCGACUGGCGCCCCUGGUCGUGCAGAUCCUGGGCACUGGCGUGGAGGGCAUCCCCGGGAGCCAGGAGCUCCCGGCCUCGCCGCGGAGCGACGUGAAGUGGAUCCUGCGGGACUCCACCGUUGUGAGGUACCGCCAGGGCGAGUCGCAGGUUCCGCACCUCGACACCUGCGACCUGACCCUGCUGGUCUUCCUGAGCAGGGCGGGCGGCUGCACCGCCUUCCCGAACCUGCGGCAGGUCGUGCCGCCGGAGGAGGGCCGCGUGCUGGUCUUCUUCAGCACGACCCCGGAGGCCACCCGGUUCGGAGGCUUCGCUGGCGCGGCUUACGGCCGGCCCAACGACGCCACGAUGCACUACGGCAGCCUGGGCCAGCUGGGCGACGGCGAGGAAAAGCUGGUGGUGCAGCUGCUGCUGAGCGUGGAGGACCUCGGCGGCUCCGGCGCGGAGGCCGGCUGGAAGGGCGUGCUGGGCGGCCCGCUGUUCCACUGCCGGAGCUCCAGCUGGGCGCCCCCCGCGGCGGCGCACCGGGAGGCCUUUGGCGCGCGGCGCGGGGCGCGCGGCGCCCUGGCGCUCUGCUCCGAGCGCUGCGCCUCGGCGUGCGAGGGCCCGGCGCUGGACCUGGCCGCGGGCCCCGGGGGCCAGAAGUUCUGCGGGAGCCCAGCGAUCCCCACGAACCACUACAAAGGAAACAAGAGCCUCACUGACCUGGACAUCCCCGCGUCGGUGAUCCGAGGAGGGCGAGAUGCCGCCUUCUCUGACUGCAGCUCGCUCGCGAGCGUCAGGAUGCCGGACUCGGUGGCCGGCAUCGGGGAGUUCGCCUUCAUGUGCUGCACGUCGCUGGCCAGCCUGUCCAUGCCCGACUCGGUGAAGAGCAUCGGGCAGCUCGCCUUCCACAAGUGCGAGGCGCUCACCUCCGUCAAGAUCCCUCCAGUGAGCAGCAUCAAGAAAGGCACGUUUUCCUACUGCACCAGCCUCGAGAGGGUUGUCAUCCCGGCCUCGGUCACAGCGAUCGAGGACGAGGCUUUCGACGGCUGCACGUCGCUCGUGGAGGUCGACAUCCCCGACUCGGUGACGAGCAUCGGCUCUCAGGCCUUCGAGGGCUGCCACUCGCUCAAGUCGGUGACCGUCCCCACUCACCUGAGAGGAUGCACUGCUUUUCCCGCCCGCUGCAGGGUGGAGCUCCGCAGGGCAGGCGCGGCCGCGGCAGCGGCGCCCCGCCGCGGCGCGCAGGACGAGUCCGUGCCGGCGCCGGUGACGAACAGCCCCCCCGUGCCCGAUCCGCCCAGUGCUGCCCCACAGGCCCGCGAGGGCGAGCCCUGCACGCAGCUGGAUCGGGAGAGCGACGUGGAGGUGAGCCACCUGGAGGAGGCGCCGAGGGCGCCCGGCCAGCCGCCGCCCGCUUCGUCCUCGUGGACGGACCUGGCGGCGGACGCCGGGAUGCAGCAGAAGCUGGCGCAGAGGGAGCAGGAGGUCGAGGAGCUGCGCCGGAAGCUCGAGGAGGCGGAGCAGGAGGUCGGCAGGAAGGUGACCGAGCGCGACCAGAAGGCCUCUGAGUGCGAGGAGCUCAAGACGCGCCACCGCCUGGAGCUCGAGCAGCAGAAAAAGAAGUGGGAGCUCGAGCACCAGAAGACGUUGCCCGUGUCGCUUCCCGCCCUACUCGGCAUUGGAGCGGCGAUCGGGGUGGCGAUAAUUGCAGUGUUGAUCAAGCUGAGCAUCAAGCUGUGA